AUGCUUGUCCAACACAAGUCUUAUAAACCAGGGGAUUUGAUUUGGUCGGAAGAGGCUCUCGUUUGUGCACUUCAUGUUGACUCAAGCCCACAAUACUGUGCAUACUGUUUGCUUUCAGUCAGUCAGCAACCACUCUUACGCUGUUCCAGAUGUAAACACGUUUUCUACUGUAGCAGAAUCUGUCAGAAAUCCCAUUGGUGCUCACACAAGCAGGAGUGUGCUUGCAUUGUCUCUAGUGGUGCUUUUCCCGGUGCCACUAUCAGACUUCUCUUCAACAUUAUCGUUUCUAAGGUUUAUAAGAAUUAUCCGUUUUUUGAAUUGCUUGUCUCUCAUGUUGAGGAGUUAAACGCCAACGAUGAGACCAGACUAAUGAUGGAACAAGCUUACGCCAUGCUAAUGGUGUUUUCGAACCAAAACAUAAGUAUUUCUAAAUCAUGUUUUUUCCGUCUUUUCGGGAGAGUUAAAAUAAACGCCUUCCAUUUAACAAGUGAGUGUGGAGAUGAGAUUGGUGUCGCCUUGUUCGAGAGAUCUUCCAAACUGGACCACUCCUGUUUGCCCAAUGCGGAUUUCGCUUUCGUUGGGAAACGGAUAAAAGUCAUUGCAACUGACGAGAUACUUGAUGCAUCGCAGAUACGAAUAUCUUAUGUAGACCUUUUGAUGUCGAUGAAAAGACGUCAAGAAGAACUCUUCAAUGGGUACCUUUUCCACUGCAAUUGUCCUCGCUGUUCUGACCUUGAACAGGACUUCGACACUCGAAUUCCUCCGUGCUGUGGGCGGCGUAUGAGAGGUUUAAAGGCCGAUGCAUUAGAGCAUCAGGAGCCUGUUUCCUGGCCAUCGGAGGCGAAUGCUUUUCUGCCUAACCUGGCCAAGUACUCAACCGUUGCGCCAGAGGAGGUCUACGUCUGUGGGAAGUGUCACAGAUGUUACAGCGCCGCCGUCUUUGAUGCCUUGGAGUGUCGGUGUUAUGAGAUUAACACACUUAAAGACGCCGUCGGGCUCUACAGAGCUUGUGCUGCAGCUGCUAACACGGGUAACAAUGAAUACCUGCAUCUUGUUUACAAUCACCAAGGUAGCCUUCCCCUUCUGCGUCUCUGCCGUACCAUGGUAAUGACCUACAGGGUGGACGAAGACAAUUUGAAUGACAGGGACUGCAGAGCAGGAGUCUUUACUGUCGACGACCUGCGUGAUCGGGUGUUCACUAUUUGCGCAACUAUCUUUUCCAAUGGCCCUGACCUUAACGUGAAUAUUAGUAUAUCUAUACUGUAUCCCCCAAGUCAUAUUGAUGAGUCAGGAGAAAGUGGAGAACUCGAUUUGAUGCUGGAAGUGGGUCUCAGACUCGCCAGAUGCUUUGAUUCCGUGGCUGCGAAGUACCACAGCUUCCAUGGCCAUCUAUUUGUCUGCAGUCUGGUCUGUGCGCUUCUCGGCCUUCUCGGAUCCGUCGUUUCCGCAAUGGAGGCUCACCUUUCGCUGAGUGGUGGUGGCGGAGACGAUAUCAGCGGCGUCACGCUGGAGCGAUUAGAGCACUUCUCGGCGGCUUUUGUCCGCACUGCAGUGGCCUUCGCACCCUGUAUCAAACGUUUUGCACCCCAUCUGCCAGGUGUGUCGGAGCAGUUGCAGCGGUUGAGUUCGGAGGCUCAGCGCCGAAGAAAUAAGAUGCGUCGAAGAAACAUCGACAUCGGCGAUGAUUCAUCAGGGAGUGCCACUAAGCGACGAACUGCCCGUGUUGUCAAGGAAAAGACCUUGGAGCAGCUUUGUGAGGAGCUAGGUGUGGAGGAUGUGGAGUUGACAUACUCCACCGAUGACUUCGAGAAUUGGACGGUUCAGAAGCUUUUUAAUCAGUACGUGCAGCCUCUAAUCGUGGAGAAAAACCCGCAUGUGCCAAAGGAGCACAUUGUGCAGAUUUUGGACGCCAAAUGGAAGGAGUUUGCCAUAAUGAACCCCUACAUUCCCAAGGGGGAAGAGGAUCUCCCAGAUGAUGAGGAAGAAAGUAGCACUCUGGUAGCUCCAAGCGGCAGUUUCGGGGUGGAGGACGAGGCUGAGGCCGAGGACACGGAGAGUACAGUGGUAGUGACUCCCGUCGCCCCUGCUGUACCGCGCCGUGCCUCCUCCCGCCAUCUGAGAGCUGCAGCGGCGGCGGCGGUGGUGGCGACCGCAACGGCGGCUUCAGUGGGUGGUGGCGGAGGGCCGGCAGUGGUAUCGCCAGUGGCACCGACAGAGCUCCCGGGCGAAGGCGGUGAGAUCAGUCAGUCUUCGCCCGCCUCCUCAGCUGCAGCCACUCCCGCCUCCUCACAAGCUGCACCGUUAAGGAUUAAAAUAAGCAAGAAGAAGAAGCGCAAGGCUCCUGGAGGUAGAAGCGGUGGUCGUCGUAGAGAGGGUGGUCGAUUGGUGGGUGAUAACACGAGUGACGAGGAAUUUGAACGCCAGCUGGAGGAAGCAGAGGCCUUUCAGGAGGAGGAACAGAAGCGACGCAAGCAGCAGCGCAGCCUAAAUGCGCGUAGAGCUGCGGCCGCGGCUCGGGUCUCUGCCACGGCAGCAACGGGGCAGAUGCAUGUUAGCGCCUCGGCACCGAAUCUUGCUGCCAGUGCUAGUGGAGUAAAACGUAGCAUCAUUGCGCGUGUGCCACUUAUGGGCGGAAAUAGACAGGCAGAGGAUGGAUAUGAGACGGAUCACCAGGAUUACUGUGAUGUUUGCCAACAGGGUGGGAAUAUCAUGCUCUGCGACACCUGUCCUCGUGCCUACCACCUCGUCUGCCUCGACCCCGAGCUGGAAGAGGUCCCCGAAGGUGUGUGGUCUUGUCCGCAUUGCGAGAAGCAGGGCAUUACCGUAGCGCAUCGCAGCACUGCCGACCCCGCCGCCGCUGGCGACGAAGAUGCCUCCACUGCCAGCGAGGGUCCUGUUCACGUCUCCCGCAAGGCAGCUACGGCAGGUGGCGCUGAAGAAGAGGGCGAACGGGACGAGCACCAGGAGUACUGCUCUGAGUGUCGUGAUGGCGGCGAUCUCAUCUGCUGUGAGAAUUGUCCUGCUAGCUACCAUCUGGGCUGUCUGGAUCCACCGCUCUCGCAAAUUCCAGAGGGUGUAUGGCUGUGUCCUCGAUGCGGUUGCAAACCACUCAAGGCUCGAGUCUCGAAAAUUCUCUUCUGGAGGUGGCGUGAACCCCCAAAAACUGCCAUUUCUGUGAUGGAAGAUGUGGAGAAAAUAGAAGUGGACAGAGAGGGGAUGGAUGGUACUGUUCCUCCGACUCAAGCUACCGCUUUAGACCCACAGACAGGGGAGGUUGAGCAAGUGUCGUGUGUUGGUGCCCUUGCGGUGACCGCACCUCAUCCGCCGGCGAGAAGGAAACCCACGAGGGAGUUCUUUGUGAAGUUCCAUGAGAUGUCCUACUGGGCUUGUGAGUGGGUGACGGAGUUGCAGUUGGAAGUCUUUCACUCCCUUAUGUUGCGAGUUUUUUCGAAGAAGUAUGAUAUGGAGGAACCACCACUGCCAGAAGAUGGUAGCUCCUAUCGAGGACGCGCCAGGGAGAAGGCGCCCGACCCACAGAACCUAGAAGAGCGGUUCUACAAGUGGGGUGUCCGUCCCGAGUGGCUCCAGCCCCAACGUAUCAUCGACAGCCGGAUGACACGUCAGAAGGAAUGGUUCCUAGUGAAGUGGCGUGACUUGCCCUACGACGAGUGCACGUGGGAGGACGUGGCCACCACCGAGGUUCCCGAGUUCGAGCGCUUUGUGGAGGAGUUUCGGCUCAUGCGGGGUCUCUUUAAGGGCGAAACGAGUUUCGUCACAACAGGCAAGAAGAAAGGGAGCUCCUCUUCUACAGCUACCGCCACCGCUGCCGCUAUUGCUUCGGCGAAAAAAACAAGCAUUAGUGCCAGUUUGUUAAAGAAAAUCCCUCCUGAGAAACCGAUUACGGAUUUGAGGAAACAGUUGACCAAACAGCCGGAGUAUAUGGAUGAGACGGGUGGGGAACUGCAUCCCUAUCAAUUGGAGGGAUUGAAUUGGUUGCGAUUCUCCUAUGGCAAUAAAGUGGAUACUAUUUUGGCCGAUGAAAUGGGUCUGGGAAAGACAAUCCAAACUAUUGCUUUCUUGUACUCCCUCUACAAGGAUGGUCACAGUCGAGGUCCCUUCUUGGUAGCCGCCCCCCUCUCCACCAUCAUCAACUGGGAGCGUGAGUUCGAGUUAUGGGCCCCCGACUUCUACGUGGUCACCUACGUUGGGGACAAGGACUCUCGGACGGUGAUCCGCGAGCACGAGUUUACCUUUGAGGAGGGCGGAGUGCGUGGCGGCUCUCGAGUAGUGAAAAUGCGCUCGGGCGCCCAGGUUCGCUUCCAUGUCCUUCUCACUUCCUACGAGCUCAUCUCCAUUGAUCAGGCUCUACUCUCUUCCAUCGACUGGGAGGUGCUGGUUGUGGAUGAGGCGCAUCGGUUAAAGAACAACCAAUCCAAGUUCUUCCGCAUGCUUAGCACCUACAAGAUCGCCUACAAGCUGCUCCUCACCGGAACACCGCUGCAGAAUAACCUGGAAGAGUUGUUUCAUCUGCUUCACUUUAUGUCACCUGCAAAGUUCUAUGAUAUGCAGGGCUUCCUGGAUGAGUUUGCGGACAUCUCGAAGGAGGACCAAGUGAAGAAGCUUCAUGAAAUGCUGGGAAAACACCUACUUAGGCGGCUUAAAGCGGAUGUGCUCAAAAACAUGCCAUCAAAGGGAGAAUUUAUUGUCCGCGUCGAAUUGAGUCCUAUGCAGAAGAAAUUCUACAAGUUUAUCCUAACGAAAAACUUUGAUGCACUGAGCUGCCGAAGUGGUGGCGCCCAGCCCUCCCUCAUUAACGUGAUGAUGGACCUUAAGAAGUGUUGCAACCAUCCCUACCUCUUUCCUUCCGCCGCUGAGGAUGCGCCUCGCUUACCCAACGGAGCCUUUGAGGGUUUGGCGCUGCGUAAGGCCUGUGGCAAACUCGAGCUCCUCUCUGCCAUGUUACAGAAGCUGAAGGCUGGUGGCCAUCGGGUACUCAUCUUCUCCCAAAUGACCAAGAUGCUGGACCUGUUGGAGGACUUUCUCGAAGCGGAGGGGUAUAAAUUUGAGCGCAUUGAUGGCAAUGUGACGGGUCAGCAGAGGCAGGAUGCCAUUGACCGGUUCAAUGCAAUUGAUUCAACGUCAUUUGUGUUUUUGUUAUCAACGAGGGCUGGCGGCUUGGGCAUUAAUUUGGCCACGGCAGACACGGUGAUCAUCUAUGACUCUGAUUGGAAUCCUCACAAUGAUAUACAGGCGUUCUCGCGAGCACAUCGAAUUGGUCAAGCGAAUAAGGCAAUUUGGAUAGAGGUGGCUGAGGUGAUGAUCUACCGCUUCGUAACACGCGCCACGGUGGAGGAGCGAGUGACACAAGUAGCAAAGAAGAAGAUGAUGCUCACUCACCUCGUGGUGCGACCGGGUCUGGGCGGUAAGGGUGCCAGUCAGAUGUCCAAGAAGGAGCUCGACGAUAUCCUCAAGUUUGGCACGGAGGAUCUCUUCAAACACGAAGACAACGACGCCACAGACGAACACUGUAUAGUCUACGAUGACGCCGCAUUGGAUCGUCUGUUGGAUCGUAGUCAGCAAGGCAUGGAGGAGAAGCAGAUGGAGAUGAACGACUACCUCAGCUCCUUCAAAGUGGCGCACUACGAGAAACGUGAGAUCCAGGACGGGGACAGCGAGGAGCCCGGAGAUGAGGACUCCAAUGUUGAGGUGAUCAAGCAGGAGUCGGAUACCAACGACCCAGCGUACUGGGAGAAGCUGUUGCGUCAUCACUUUGAACAGGCGCAGGAGGACCAGGCGAAACUGUUGGGCAAGGGCAAACGCCAUCGCAAGCCUGUCAACUACUGGGCAAAUCAGCAGGAGGACGAGGAGGAAUGGAAUGACAAUACCAGUGAUCAUGACAGCAACUUUUCUACCAAGGACGAAGACGACGACGAGUAUGACGAGAAGGCUGGUGGCAAUGGCGAGGGUAUGGGCUCCCAGAUUGGUCGCCGAGUGCGGCGAGAGCGUGAGGGCAAAAUGCCUCCUUUGCUGUCCCGCGUGAACGGCCAAAUCGAGGUGCUUGGCUUCAACAUCCGCCAGCGUCGCGCCUUCGUUAACUCAGUUCUACGCUAUGGGCUGCCACCACCGCCUUCCUCGUUUUCCAUGGCAGGCGUACCUGUAGCAUCAGCUACCGCCUCCACGGCUUGGCAUUCGCGUGACUUGAAGGGUAAACCGGAGCGCGUGUUCCGCGCCUACGUGGCCCUCUUCAUGCGCCACCUGUGUGAGCCGGAGAGCAUGAAUCAGGAGAAUAAUGCCACGUACUCUGAUGGCACCCCGAGGGAUGGGAUCUCUCAUCAGCCUAUCCUCUCGCGCAUUGGUAUUAUGGCCUUGGUGCGUAAAAAGGUGCAGGAGUUUGAGCAAAUCAACGGUCUCUACAGCAUUCCAGACUCCACCACUACCUCAGACACCGCGUUGGCAGCAAUGGCAACUACAACAACGUCAACUGCCGCAGCUGCUGGUGAAGGCAACAGUGGUGAUGGACCGGAUGGCGCAUCCACUCCGCUGACUCAACCCCUCUGCGUUGCUGUGGCCACCUCCCACGCUAAUGGCAAUGGGGGUGCAAGUUGCUCUGAUGACGCAUCCAAAGCCAGCGAUAAGACUGAACCGAUGGACAUUAGCACUGUCGAUGAAGUUACCGUUCCCGUCACGACAGUUUCAUCUUCCAAGAACGGGGAAACUGAUGCGGCGACAGCAAUGAUGACAUUGGCAGUAGAGGAGGGAGAGGCAGUGGAGCCCGAGGGCAGACUGAAAAUUGAUGAGACUAAUGCUGGUACUUCUUGUGACUCCAUGGAUGCGGAUGAAAAGCCCAAGGCCGAAACAUUGGAGGCGGAGACAGUAGACGAGGGUGCCGUGAAGCUGGAGACAGACGUGGAAAGCAGGCUGCACCAUCGGCGUUCCUCCUUCAUGUUCAACAUCGCUGAUGGCGGUUUCACUGAGCUGCACACCAUCUGGUUGAAUGAGCAGCGCGCACUGGAGGAGAACACGGAGGGCUAUGAAAUUUGGCAUCGCAAACACGACUACUGGCUUCUAGCCGGUGUGGUGCAACAUGGCUAUGGACGCUGGCAGGACAUCCACAACGAUCCACGGUUCGCUCUGGUGAACGAACCCUUCCGCGCGGAUCAGGGGAAGCCCAACUACCUAGAAAUGAAGAAUCGCUUCCUUGCACGACGCUUUAAGCUGUUGGAGCAGGCGCUCAUUAUCGAGGAGCAAUUGCGGCGCGCGGCACACCAGAAUAUCGUUUGCGACCCCAAGGAUACCGUCCAGAGUCUCAACCGACGUUUCAAUGAGCUAGAGUGCUUGGCAGUGGCACAACAACAGGUCUAUGCGGAAGCGCUGGCUGGCAACAAGUCGCUCGUCCAAUUGAUUCAUCGUGCUUUGACGAUGAUGGAGGACUACUUGGCAGAGAUGAAGCAGGACGUGUCUCGCCUCCUCACCCUGGUUCCGCGAAUGCCUCCAGUGUCGGAUAGGCUAAAUCUCAGUCACACAGGCCUCCUUACCAAGUUGACCCAACACCUUACCGCCGCGAAGCAGGCUAAAUUGGCACUGCAGCAGCAGCAGCAGCAGCAGCAACAACAACAACAGCAAGCGGUCAGUAAUCCGGCUACUCCGAUAGACACAGCCACCGUUGAUGAGUCUAGUCGACUUCUGUGGAAGCGUAGUGUGGCCUUCUUUUGGUUUUAG